GUGAAUUAUUAUAUGUGUGUCAGCAGAUGGACGAUUGGACUGGAUGAGAUCUCCUGACAGGGCCCCGGUAGCCCCGCAGAGGCCGGUGAGAUCAUUACCCAGAGAUCACCUGUGUUUACCGCCUCCACCAGUUCAGACCACCUCUAACUAUCCAAACCAGUUUGAUGAGUCUCCUCCAUCCAGACAAGCACCAACGUCACCACAACCCAGAUCACACAACAGCAGACCCACGUGGACACACUCCAGUCCAACUGUGCAAGAGAAUGUUAAAACAGCAUUAUCUGCAGGUUACUCGUCUCACAGGUAUUCUCUGGACCUGGACUCUCAGGAUCUGGACAGUUCCUAUGAGAGCGAGAAGAGCUCGUUUGAUUCACACGUGAGGAAACAGCAGCAUCACGAAUGGCCUCCUGCUAAAGGAGAAAACGACAGCAGCUUCAGCAACCACAGCAAACCGGUGCAGGGAUUGGCGGAUCAGAACUGGUAUGUUGGUGCGGUUAGUCGUGUGGACGCUGAACAUGCUCUUCACCUGGUCAACAGGGAAGGAGCCUUUCUAGUGCGCGACUGCUCGAAGAACACUACCUAUGAGCCCUUAGUCCUCGCUGUGUUUUACGACAAAAGAGUGUUUAACAUUCAGAUCCGCUUCAGUGAUGAAUUCAGCAAAUACACUCUGGGAACGGGACUGAGAACCAAUGACAGGUUUGAUUCUGUCACCGACAUCAUCAAGUUCCACUCCAUUUUUCCCAUCGUUCUCAUUGACGGACGGAAAUCCUCCGCAGCAGCCAAUGAGAGGAGGCAGUGUGUGCUGAUGUACCCAAUCACAAAGCAGGACCUGACCGAGCUGUUGAAAUAAGACCAAAUACAAACGACCCGCAACAUUCAAGGAACAUUUAACUGACCUUUUCACUUUAGAAGACAUUUUUAGUGACGUUUCACUGGUACAGACUCAAAAAAAAAGCCAAAGAGCUCAUCUGAUAGAACGAAGAUAAAUCAAACGUUUAAUAAUGUGGAUUGGAUGUGUAGAAAUCAAAUAUCUACAGGAUUCAAUAUUUUUGACAUUUUAAAACACGCAUGUAAAGUGCAUGUGAGUGUUCGGCUGAAUGCAGUCACACAACAACCUUUUUUCCAGAAACUUUUAAUCCAUUUCAGUUUUUAUUUAAUCACACUUAACAUUUUUUUGGCCUUAUGUAUAAUUUAAAAAUAAAUAUUAUGCUUCUGAAGCCUCA